GACGGCAAUCGAUCGAUGGUGAACCGACGCAAACAUACUAAAUUUGGGGAUGGACACUCAGCGCUCUUUCCCAAGUCCCAACUGGUCCCCAUGCGAUUUGCUUCUCCGCCAUGGGAGGCUAGCUCGGAGCAGAUAAGAAGCCCGCCACUCUCGCAGAGAAGACUCCGCACGCCCAUGCUGGAGCGCUCUCCGAGGUUGUGAUCCUGCUCUCCGAGCCACAAGUUGUGAUUCGGGAGUCUGGUCCGAAGCAGCCAUCGGGAUCCGGCCUUUGUCCUUGAUUCAGACUUGUUGAAACUUCUUUGGUGGUUCUUUUAGGUCUGCACGUGUCGUAUUCGACAAAUUGCCUGUGAGAAGCUCUGGUUCAUAGUAGUGGCUGUUCUUGGUCUGUUCAUGGUGGAUUUAGGGCUGGGGUUGGUCUCCGAGCAUGGCUGAUUCGGACAGGACCAUUGUUUGGUUCAGAAGGGACCUCAGGAUCGACGAUAACCUGGCCUUGGUCGCCGCGGCGAGGGAGGGCUCUGUCCUCCCUAUCUUCAUAUGGUGCCCUGCUGACUACGGGCAGUAUUACCCCGGACGGUGCUCCCGAUGGUGGCUCAAGGAGUCGCUUGUCCACCUUGGAAAAUCGCUGGAGUCGCUUGGAUGCCCGCUCAUGCUGAUCCGUGCUGAGAGCACUCUUGCAGCGCUUUUGGAGUGCGUUCAUUCGAUCGGUGCCACCAGAGUGGUUUAUAAUCGUCUAUAUGACCCUAUUUCAAUUGUCUGUGAUGACAAAAUCAAGAAUGAGCUUUCAGCCCUUGGAAUUUCUGUCCAUAGUUUCAAUGGUGAUAUACUCUAUGAGCCAUGGGAAGUUUAUGAUGAGAAUGGGCAGGCGUUCACAACCUUUAGCAUGUACUGGGAGAAUUGCAUGAAUUUAUCAAUUGAGAUAUCACUAUCUCGUGCACCUUGGAGUCUGGUGCCUGUACCAGGUUUAGAGAAUGUUCGUGGCUGUUCAAUUGAUGAUCUAGGUCUUGAAUCUAGUAAGGAUGAAGAAUCAAGCAAUGCUUUACUUAGCAGGGCCUGGUCUCCAGGCUGGCGCAAUGCAGAGAAGAUGCUUGAGGAAUUUGUAUCUUAUGGUCUCCUAGAAUAUUCAAAACAUGGCAUGAAGGCUGGGGGAACUACAACAUCAUUGCUGUCACCAUAUCUUCAUUUUGGUGAGUUGAGUGUAAGGAAAGUUUAUCAACUUGUUAAAACACAACAAGUCAGGUGGGAAAAUGAAGGAAGGUCUGAAGCUGAGGAGAGUCUUCGAUUGUUCCUGCGAUCAAUUGGUUUUCGUGAAUAUUCACGUUACUUGUGUUUCAAUUUUCCAUUCACGCAUGAAAGAUCGUUGCUGGGUAACUUGAAGCAUUACCCCUGGCGAGCGAAUGAGGACCACUUCAAAUCUUGGAGACAGGGAAUGACCGGAUACCCAUUAGUAGAUGCUGGCAUGAGGGAACUCUGGGCUACUGGUUGGACACAUAAUCGGAUAAGAGUGAUAGUUUCAAGUUUUGCUGUUAAAUUUCUACAAAUUCCAUGGGUUUGGGGGAUGAAGUACUUUUGGGAUGUGCUAUUGGAUGCUGACCUAGAAAGUGAUAUUCUUGGUUGGCAGUACAUAUCUGGGAGUUUGCCUGAUGGCCAUGAGCUCAGCCGUCUUGAUAAUCCAGAGGUUCAGGGUCAAAAGUAUGACCCAGAUGGUGAAUAUGUAAGAACAUGGAUUCCUGAACUUGCUAGAAUGCCAACAGAAUGGAUCCAUCGUCCGUGGGAUGCACCCAGCUCGAUACUUGAAGUUGCUGGAGUUGAGCUGGGCUUUAACUACCCAAAACCCAUAGUAGAACUUCACAUGGCACGUGAAUGCUUAGAUGAUGCCAUCUCCACAAUGUGGCAAUUGGACACAGCUGCAAAACUUGCUGAACUAAAUGGCGAAGUUGUGGAAGACAAUAUGAAUAAUAUCAAGAGUUUUGAUAUCCCAAAGGUUGUUUUGAAGAAGGAAUUAUCUCCAGCCACCUCGCCCUUCGAUCAAAGGGCCUCUACUAAUGGCAAGAACCAAAAGUUACAACCUAAGGAAGUGAAGGGCCCGUACAAACAGAUUGUUCGAGUUGAUGUGAUGAAUUCCUCAAAGAUGGAAGACACAGGCUCUACAGCUAACUCGCAAGUGUCAAGGAAAAGAUCUAGCAGUGAUAGUGCAUUCAAUGUUUCCUUGUGUUCAUCUUCAUUAGGCGUACAUUCACGGAUUCAUGAUGGUGACGGUUAUUCGGUUCUGUAUUCAGGAUACCUCCAGCAGAAAGCAGACAGGGAUGGAGCUUGUAAGGAGAAUGGUAUUUAUAUUCCUAUGGACAUCCAACUUAAUCACUCUUUGCAGGCUGAAGAUAAGGACAUUGAAGAUAGUGGUACGAGCACCUCUAGGCCAUCCAAGAGAGUUGCUUAGCACAUGACAAGGGAUGUUGUAAAUCUGUAAUGAAGGGGUGUAGUAUUCCUCGGAAAAAAAGAAUGGGGUGUAGGAGCAGAACAUGGAAAACCUUUGUCAUCACAAGUGUUUAUUUUGUGCAUUUUUUGCGAUUUUGUCCAAGUUAAUCUGUAAUUUAUAAUUAGUUUGACGCGUCUUACCUUUGUUGCAAUAAGAGAGAACUUUCUUA